AUGCCGCUUUCAAGACUGCAGCUAGCAGCUGCGUUGAUGGAGUAUGACAAUGACUCUGACCUAGCUUCACCAUCUUCCAAUACCGAGAUAACCUACAGGGAUCAUCGACAAUCAGCUAUCUUCCAACCCUAUCAAGCUGCCCAAGCUGCCGCACGACGACAUCAGAUCCUAUCGCAACCACCUCCCUCACUUCCUUCUCCACUCGAGUCUUCCUUCGCUCUCAAUCGAGAGAAUCAAAAUCGAAAUCAAACGGAUAGUAAUGAAGAAGGAGAAGUCGUGUAUGACGAGAAGAGUAGACCUAAAAGUCAGAAUCAAUCGUUUAGACAAAGUACGAUAAGUGAUUGGAAUGUCACAACCACCCCUGGAUUCAAAUCUAUCAACCUACCGAAUAACAAUGAUCUAGAUAGACAAGAGGAGUUUGUGGAUGAAGGAGAAGGAGAUGAUCUGGGUGAUGUUGACGUAGCAAGAUGGGGAUUGCCUUCACAUCUUGUAAUCAACGAUGAACCGGCUAGUAGAAAGAAGCCUGAGAACACAAGCAGGGUAACUGUCAAUUCGAUCGUUCCACAAUCUAUCCCUUCACCUAUCAGAUCGAGAGUGAAGUCAAUACAUGUUCAAGAUAUCUUGGAUGAUACGGAUCUACAUCAACAGGUUAUGGCUCAGUCAGGCUAUAACAAUAAUCAACCUCAAGAGAAAGAAAGGAGAAGAAAUCAUUCGUACGAUUUCACUUCGAAUGCAUUAGCUAGUGCUGCCAGAGUACGUGAUAUGGUUGAGAAUAGAGAAGCCGCCGCUGCUAGACCAUCAACUGUGAUGGGUAAACAUCGAAAUGACCUCAUGGGAUCAGGAAAUGAUACGAAUACGAGAAGAAGACAAAUUAGUGAUCCCCGAAUGAUACCUCUACCAGCUACUCCUGGAUCGUUAUUUGAUACUCGACCUUUGUCAAGAGGAUGGACUUCGCCUGCACCUGGGAAGAUGGAUGAUGAGUUGCAAAACUUGGAUUUGGAGCAUGAAGCUGCAGGGGGAACGGAGGAAUCGUUGCCUAAUCCAUUCGCUUUACCUGCUCCGCCGCCUGAAUUGGGAUCUAGGUUCGAUCCGAAAGUAUUACAGAGCCAACGUCAAUCAAUUGAUGAUCAGAACCAACGUAGAUCGUAUAGUAUAUCAUCAGAGCAGAGACCACAGCCUUAUUCUGCUAGAUCAAGAUCAUCGUUCUACGAAGUGACUUCCCCCACUGAACCUCAUUCUGGACCCGAUGAGGGACCUUUGACUAGUCCGCCACCUAUAUCACGUAUAAAAGAUCCAGAGCGUGUCUGGGAAGACAUACCUACGCCUGAACAGUUCGGUAGACCCUUGAUGCCUAAACGGUACUCCACUUCUGCGAAAUUACAACUCAACAGAUUAUCCAUGUUACGACCCAAGACACUCAUCAUGCCUUCUUUACUUGCUAAUCAGCGUCCGCCCGAGCCGAGACAAAUCAAAUUACCUGAGGGAUAUACAUUGGGUGAAAAACCAUUACCUGCCGGAGCGAAGACUGAAGGUGAAAGACCAAGGUCAUCUUAUCACCCUUUGAGUUUGUCUCAGAAGACGUUUAGAAGCUCGUUGAUGGUCAAUGGAUUGAGAGAUGAGGAAUUUGUAGGAGGGACGGAGAAUGAAGGGGAGAUGGGGUUGAGACAAAGAGAAUUGGAUGAAGGUGCCAUAGAGAGAAGACCUGGUAAAUUGUAUGGAAGGAGUUUGAUGGAUGAGUUGGAAGCUAGAAAGAUGGCUCAAAAGGGGAAACAGAGAAUAUUCGCAGGCGACUCACGUCCUGCGAUGAUGGCUCGAUCAACAAUGUAUGACCCACCUACCAUCUCAUUCUCCCCAACCUCACCUCCUCAACCAGGCUCAGCCGACAGACCUCACUCCAUGCACCACCCCGGAGGAGGUGCAGGUCGUGCACCGCUCUUAUCAUUCGACUCGAACGGUGAGAUACAUCCUACCUCGCCUAACAAUCUCGGCGUACCCGAUCCACAAGGUAGGAUCGCCAAAUCGAAAUCUGUCUUCGGGGUAGAUCAACUGUGGGAAAAGGAAAUGGCCAAAUUGAAGAUCAUCCAAGAAGAGGAAAAGAGAGCUGCCGAAUUUAGAAGGAAAAUGGAAGAAGAGAAAAAGAUGAAGAGGAAAUCGAAGAAAUUGAAAGGAAAAGGUAAAAAUAGAGAGAGUUUCGUACCGCCGCCGCCUCUGGAUAUCCCCAAAGAUACUUCGACGGAGGAUGUUUUGGGUAUAUCACCUAUUCAUAGAGCAUCGGAUUUACCGCCUGCUCUUCAGUAUAGUCCGGAGAAAGCUACUGCUCAACGACCAGAGCAUGAGCGUGAUAACGAAGAGGAGGACAAUGAAAAUGAAGAAAGACGUAAAUUGUCUUUGGGUAGUCUGUUCAGUCCGGCUUCGGAUGAUGAAAACGCCUCUGAGUCAGGACCUGCUCCACAUGAUUUCGCUCAGACGCUGAAUCCACUUGCGCAAAAUACUGGAGAACCAGAUUCGGACGAAGAUUCAGAAGAAGAUGUACCAUUAUCUCAACUGGCUCCUGCAAAUGCCAAAAGUAGACAAUCUGUCUUUUCUGCCAGUGGUUCAGGUAGACAAGUCCGAACGGAGGUGGAGAGUGAAUCGGAUUCAGAUGAAGAUGUACCUUUAUCGAAAUUACCUAUCGCACCUCGAUCACCAUCCAUUACCACACGCGUGACAAAACCAUUAGGAACAUCUUUAGGAUUGAAUUUACGUUCUUCAUCAUCAUCCAUGUCGAUACCUGGUGUGACCAACAGUAGUCGAUCCCCUCUAUCGGCUGAAGUAGAUGACGAACAAGCUGAAGAUGAUUUACCACUUGCCGUUCGACAGGCCAAAUCAAAAGGUCUCAAACCUAUUACCAAAGCUGAGAUUAUAGAAGAUGAUUUACCGUUGGGGUACAAACAUGCUGAGAAAGCUCAAGCGCAAAUGGCUCAGAGGCAAUUCGAACAGGAUCAAGAGAAUAGUAGGAAUUCAAUGAUGAGUUUUGGUAAUGGUCCGUAUCAUGGUCAAGCUCAAUCGUGGAUGGGUUACCCACAGAUGCAAAUGCAGAUGCCAAUGGGACCAUAUGGUGGGAUGGGAAUGGGGAUGGGGUAUAAUCCGAAUAUGUCAAUGCCUAAUUUAGGUAUGGGCAUGAACAUGAACAUGGCAAUGGGAAUAGGAUUCAACCCUUAUCAAAUGCCUCCGAUGGGUAUGGACAUGGGUAUGAAUAUGAACGAUUUCGAUCCUGCCAUGAAUGGUAAUAAUCCAGGAGAAGCUAUAGAUUCAUGGAGGAAAGAUGUUGCAUUGGCGCCUGUGCCGACGGGGGAUAGUAGUAGGUUGAGUGGGGCUGGGAGUAUAAGGACGUAG